AUGUCAGACAACGAGGGAGCAUUUAAUGACGGUCCAGAGAACUAUGAAGAUUUUGACCAAGAGCAUUUCUCAGAUUACGACGGAUUUGAUGAGGGCGAGGGUAAGUUUGGCGAUGAGAACGGAUUAGGCACAGAUGAAAACGGGAACACGAUAGUUGCUGGAGGAUUUGGUCCAGAAGAGUUCCAGCAACAGGAGGCUCGUCGGAGAAGAACUUUGAAGGAGAAGGCUAUCGCCAAGGAAGAUAGAACUACAACACCAUACAUGACAAAGUACGAAAGAGCCAGAAUUUUAGGUACCAGAGCCUUGCAAAUAUCUAUGAACGCACCAGUGUUCGUUGACUUGGAAGGUGAAACCGACCCAUUGAGAAUCGCUAUGAAAGAAUUAGCAGAGAAGAAGAUACCAUUGGUCAUCAGAAGAUAUCUUCCUGAUGGAUCGUUCGAAGAUUGGUCGGUUGAAGAACUUAUCGUGGACUUGUAG